CUAUUAGUUUCUCUGUCUACUGUCUAGUGACUGUGACCUACGUUUGAGUCUGAUGUAUAACAUGACAAAUGACAAUAACAAUUUCGAAAAGUUUGUGAUUGUAAUGUUUAUUACGGGAAGAAAUUUCAAGAAAAAUAGUUAAAUAUCCAGGCAUGGUUUUAAAAAACAACAUAAUUAUUAACUUUUUGUUAAAAUGUCAAAAUUAUAUACAUAUUUAUAAAUUUUGUAAAAUUAUAAAUUGUCAAUUGUUAGUUAAGUGAAAAUUGACUUAGAAUUGUGAUAUAUAAUUAACCUGGGCAUUUUUUGAGAACCAUAAUAUAAUUUGAAUUUAUACAAAAUUUUUGAUUUUUAUAAUCUACGUUAUUACGGAUUAUUUAUUUCAAUUGGGCGAAUUUUCUACUCAUUAGUUUUUAAAAUAAAUUGUGGGAGGUUCUUAAGCUUAAUCCAAAAAUGGAUAACGAACUUUUGGACAUUUCAACCAGCCUAAGGCUACAGCUUGCGUAUGGCAUUGGACACAUAUUAAAUGAUGUGUGUGCAAGUUUAUGGUUUACAUAUUUUUUAGUAUUUUUCCACCUCGUACUUGAAUUCAGUGCCUCUCAAGCUGGAUACUUAAUGUUAAUAGGUCAAAUUGUAGAUGCCUUAUCUACUCCAUUUGUAGGCUAUCAUUCUGAUCACACAAACAAUUUUAUGAGCUCAAGAUAUGGCAAAAGAAAACUUUGGCAUUUAUUUGGUACUGUGUGUGUGCUUAUAUCAUUCCCGUUCAUUUUUAUGGAGUGUGUGGGCUGUACAUUGACACAUAAAUGGGCACAAAUGUUUUACUUUGCUGCUUUUAUUGUUGUAUUUCAAAUUGGAUGGGCUGCUGUGCAAAUAUCUCAUCUUAGUCUUAUUCCCGAAUUGGCAGAAGAUCCUCAUGUUAGGACACAUCUCACCGCCAUUAGAUAUGGAUUUACAGUGUUCUCUAAUAUAUUUGUUUAUAUCAUGACAUGGAUAAUACUACACGUUACAGGAAAUUGUGAUAAAGACCAAGUAGGACCAGCUGAUGCUUGGAAGUUUAGACAAAUAAUGUUCAUAGUUUUAAGUGUUGGAACUGUGGCGUCAGUAUUGUUUCACUUUGCGGUGUCUGAAAAGCCAUCACGGAAUCAAAUAUCAAACAAUGAAUAUGGAAGUAGUACUCUACAUUGUGAUAUACUUCGCAAGUUCUUAUUAUAUCAAGUAGCUGGUAUAUACAUGAGUACAAGACUUGUGGUCAAUGUAUCACAGGUCCUUAUUCCUCUGUAUCUUCACCGUACCCUUGGGUUAGCGGCUAGAGCCCUGGCUGUAGUGCCACUAGCAAUGUAUCUGGGAAGUUUGGUCGCAGCUGGUGUUCAGAGGUUGGCCCCAAGAUCUUUCACACGAAAACUAAGCUAUUUAUUGGGUUCUGCAUGUGCAUUAAGUGGUUUUAUAUGGGUUUACAUCGAUUCAGACCAUAAUUACAAAGUGAAUUUUAUUUACAUAGUUGCUGUAUUGAUAGGUUUUGGAGGAGCACAAAUGCUUGUUACAAGUCUGUCCCUAACGGCUGAUCUAGUUGGUGACAGAACAGGGGCAUCAGCGUUUGUGUAUGGGUUAAUGAGUUUUUGUGAUAAGCUGUCUUGUGGAGUAGCUAUUGCUUUGAUUCAGAUGUACGCGGAUAACGGUGGCAUAUAUUACUAUCGGGACGCAUUAUCGUGGGUGUGCGGAGCAGCAACGAUACUGGGACUUGCACUCACUUUAGUUUUACCAAACCGACCACAUAACUCUUUGAUUGCAAAUGAUCCCUCACCCAUCAAUGCAGAUGAAGAUGAAAUAUUAACACCAGAAUAUACCUAAUAAAAAUAUCUAAUAUUUUUUACACUUUUAGUGUAAAAAUAUUAUGUAAAUCGAGAGAUUUUUAUACAACUAUUUUACCAGAGAUAUUAGAAGACAUUCUAACAUGACUAUCAUAUAAUUGUAAUUAGAUAUUAAAAGACAUUCUAAAUAAAAUUGUGAUGUAUCUUUAGUAUUCUUAAAGAAAUGUUUUAACAAAAUAUAUUUUGUUAACUAGUGAGUAUAUUGAGUUAUUGUAUGAGUUUAUUUUUAGUUAUAAGAUAUAUAAAAAAAUAUAAAGGAAAAAAUAAUUCGUUUACGGUAUAGUAUUUAUUUUAUAUUUUCGACCCCUAUACAUUUAUGUAUGCACAUUUUUUUGCAUAGGCCCUGUUACAACACUAUUGUUAAAACUAAGAUAUGGUUCUUAUGUUCAUAAAGCUUAUGAUAUAUUAUUAUAGGAAUUCACAUUGACUAGGCGUUAAAAGUACUAUUCUUAGUAAUUGGACUGUGACGUUAAAAAAAUAACUAAAUAUUAUAUGAAAAUGGUACGGAAACAAUAAUUUUAAUAGAAUGAAAAUGUAAUACCUAAGCUACUUUGGAAGCGAAUGGUUUAUGCAGAGAUGAUGGCAAGAGACCCGAUGGAGCGACAUUAGUGCCAUGGUCGAUGGGACGUGUUCUUCUGUGAGAUGCAACUUGCGUAGAUACGCUGGCAGUAUCUCAUAUCAGGAAUACAUCUCCUAAAGCCAGUGCAGCCGCUGAAGCUGCUCAAAUACUCAAGCGCCACAAAUAUUCACUAUUAUCCAACGGAUAUGAAUUUGCGCGGCUGGGUUUUGAAACAAGGUCCAUGGUCGUCCGAUACAAAAAAAAUAUUUCUAAGAAACUGGUCCACACCUCUGGUGACCCAAGAGCUGGCGCUUAUUUAGCUCAAGCAGCAAUAUCGCAGUGUCUUAGGUACAAUACCACAGGACAACCUUUUAGACGGCGAGUUUUUGCUUUAAAUUUGUAAUGUGUAUUUUGUUCUUUUUAUUUUAUUUUUGUACUUAUUUUAUAAAAAUGUCUGUACAUAAAAUAUUAUAAUUCUCUUAAAAUGAAUAACAUAUGGGCAAACCGCGUUAGAAGGAACUUCCAAAUCAAAGCUAAUGUGAGUUAUAUACUGUUAAGUAGUAUAACUAACUGGUUUAAUUUCUGAUAUUAUUAUUUCAAUAGUUUUAAUUUUAAUAAGUAAAUGAAAGAAGUGAAAACGGCUACUACCUGCGUUACAAAAAUAUCCUCUGCUACGUUUUUCUUUUAUAGCAGGGAAUAUUCAUGCAACACAGGUAAUUCAUUCAUUGCCGGAAUAUAGGUACGUUACCUCUGUCAUACAUUUGCAAGCAGCCGCCCAUGAGCGUCUUUAUUCUUAGGCGCUUAUCAGAGUUUUCGGCACGGUCUUAAAAUGUCGGAGGUACUCAAACAUUUUAUUUUUUUUGUUUACUUUUUGUUUUAAAAGGAUGUAUCAAGUACUUAGUAACUUAACAAGAUAUAUUUAUAUUUUUUAAUUUUAUGUUUUAUCGAUAAAAUACUUUAGACGCCAAUAUGACGAAGAUGGAUGUUAGUUAUUUGUAUAAUAAAAUUAAACAUUUACUAAAAUUGUUUUUUUUUUUUUUAUUAACAUUCCACCUAGGUAAUUUGUAAUUCAGACGCUGAUGGGUGGCCUAGGCAUGUGUAUAUACAUAUUAUGGAUGCCGAUGUGCGUCCUCGACAUUAAAUGGGUUCAUAGCAAAUGUUUUUAUUAAAUUGCUUUUCAGGGAAGAAGUAGUAUUAUAUAUUGUUUACAAUUAAAUAAUUAACU